UUUGAAACACAGAUCAUGUUUCAUGAAGAAUCAUGAUAUGAUCAUCACUCGUCUGGCUUCAGGGCUAGUUGUUCAGUUUUGGUGUAGUUACAACACUGUACCCCUAAACGUUAUCAUUACACAGAUGGGAUCCAAGUUUAAGAGAGCCUUGAUUGCAGAGAGAGUUAGAGAGUCCCUUCAUAGCUGGUGUAAGAGAGUGAAGGAGAAAUCCAAGCAUGAUUCUUUGCAUUCUCGUCCCGGAACAGCACGAUCUACAUGUUCUCUUGAAUCAGCUAUAGAUGAGAGGGAUGAAAUAACAGUUGCCUCUGGAACUUUAUCUCGGUGCUCUUCUGCAGCCUCACUAAAUCAGCUCACCAUAACAUCUGUAGAUGAGCUGCCUAUAACAUCUGCAGAUGAAAUAGUUUUCAACAGCUCUGAUGAGCCCCAAUAUGACCAAUCUUUCCGUGCUUCAAACCAUUCAUCUAGAUUCCGAAGUAAUGAAUUAUCACAGCCUCCAUCAUAUGGCAUAGAUGAUAUCUCCAGUCAAGAGCUAGGUAAGGUUUAUACUCUUCUAGAGUUGUUUCGGAAGACCUGACAGAUUUAGGUGCUAUUUGGAUAGACUUUUAUGCUUUUGAAAUUCAAAGUAGCAUGCAUUUUUGCUUUUACUGUGUGUAUCUUCUGCUGUGAAAUGGAUUGUGCAAAAUGUAUUUUCACAGCAUGCUUUUUGUACUAGAAAGAAAAAUUGGCCAUGCGUUUGGGUACAGUAACAAACUUUCGUAGUUUGACAUCAGAGCA